UGCCCCGGUGAGGGAAACGGAGGCGCCAUAGCCACGGUAGUCGUGGCGACCAAGCAACCCGGCAACGCGAGUCAACAACAACAACCGCCCGGCCGACCCCCACCCCACCCCCCCCGGCCCGGCCUGGGGACCCUGGCACGGCCCGUCCCCUUCCUAACAUCGCCUCUGAGACCUUGGAAAAGCCCUUCCGCCGACACGAGUGGGGAGAAGCCGAGGAAGAGAAGCAGCAGCGAACGCACCGUAUUUAUUCUCAUUUCCCUCCGGUUGGCAUGGCGACGCAAGCGUACGUCACCGAGCUGCAAGCAGCCCCGCAGCCGCCCCAGGCCCCGCCCCCGCCGCCGCCCCCCGCCGCCACCCCGCAGCCCCCCGCGGCCGCCGGCCCCCAGGCCCCCUAUGUCACCGAGCUGCACAGCCCCCAGCCCCCCGCGCCGCCCCCCGGGGGCCAGAAGCAGUAUGUGACGGAGCUCCCCGCCACCCCCGCCGCGCAGCCGGCCGGCGCCCCCAACCAGUCCCCUGUCCCCCAACAGUACAUCGUGGUCACCGUCUCUGAAGGUGCCAUGCGGGCCAGCGAGACCGUGUCGGAGGCCAGCCCGGGCUCCACGGCCAGCCAGACCGGCGUCCCCACCCAAGUGGUCCAGCAGGUACAGGGCACCCAGCAGCGGCUGCUGGUGCAGGCCAAGCCGGGACACGUGUCACCCCUGCAGCUCACCAACAUCCAGGUGCCGCCGCAGACUCUCCCCACGCAGCGUCUGGUGGUGCAGAGCUCGGGGCCCGGCAGCAAGGGCGGCCAGGUCGCGCUGACCGUGCACAGUACCCAGCAGGUGCACUCGCCCCCCGAGAGGUCACCGGUGCAGGCCACCAGCUCCACCAGCAAGACAGCUGGGGCCCCUGCAGGCACUGUGCCCCCACAGCUGCAGGUCCACGGCGUCCAGCAGAGCGUCCCCCUCACCCAAGAGAGGUCCGUGGUGCAGGCCACCCCGCAGGCGCCCAAAGCCGGCCCCGUGCAGCAGCUGACGGUGCAGAGCCUCCAGCCCGUCCAUGUGGCUCAAGAGGUCCAGCAGCUCCAGCAGGUGCCUGUCUCCCACGUCUACUCCAGCCAGGUGCAGUACGUGGAGGGUGGCGACGCCAGCUACACAGCCAGUGCCAUCCGCUCCAGCACCUACCCCUACCCCGAGACGCCCCUGUACACGCAGACGGCGGGCACCGGCUACUAUGAGGCCGCGGGCUCCGCGGCCCAGGUCAGCACGCCCGCCACCUCGCAGGCGGUGGCCAGCAGCGGCUCGGUGCCCAUGUACGUGCCCGGCAGCCCGGUGGUCGCCAGCUCCACCAGCAGCGGGGCCGGGGCCAGCAGCACCGGCGGCGGCGGCGGCGGCGGCGGCGGCGGCGGCGGGGGCGGGGCCGGCGGCGGCGGGGGCGGCGCGGGCAGCGCGGGCAGCGCGGGCAACGGCGGCGGCGGCGGCGGGGGCGCCGGCACCUACGUGAUCCAGGGCGGCUUCAUGCUGGGCAGUGCCAGCCAGUCCUACUCCCACACCACCCGUGCCUCGCCAGCCACGGUGCAGUGGCUGCUGGACAACUACGAGACGGCCGAGGGCGUGAGCCUGCCGCGGAGCACCCUCUACUGCCAUUACCUGCUGCACUGCCAGGAGCAGAAGCUGGAGCCCGUCAACGCCGCCUCCUUCGGCAAGCUCAUCCGCUCCGUCUUCAUGGGUCUGCGCACGCGCCGCCUGGGCACCAGGGGAAACUCCAAGUACCACUACUACGGGCUGCGCAUCAAGGCCAGCUCGCCGCUCCUGCGGCUCAUGGAAGACCAGCAGCACAUGGCCAUGCGCGGCCAGCCCUUCUCCCAGAAGCAGAGGCUGAAGCCCGUGCAGAAGAUGGAGGGUAUGACCAAUGGCGUGGCGGUGGGGCCGCAGCAGAGCACCGGGCUGUCGGAUAUCAGCGCCCAGGUGCAGCAGUACCAGCAAUUCCUGGAUGCCUCCCGGAGUCUCCCAGACUUCAUCGAGCUGGACCUUCAGGGCAAAGUGCUGCCCGAGGGCGUGGCGCCAGGCGACAUCAAAGCCUUCCAGAUCCUGUACCGGGAGCACUGUGAGGCCAUCGUGGACGUCAUGGUGAACCUGCAGUUCACGUUGGUGGAGACGCUGUGGAAGACCUUUUGGAGGUACAACCUGAGCCAGUCCAGCGAGGCCCCAUCGCUGGCCGUGCAGGACGAGGCUGAGAAGCGGCUGCCCAAGGCCAGCCUGGUGCUCCUGUCCAAGUUCGAGCCUGUGCUCCACUGGACCAAGCACUGUGACCACCUGCUGUACCAGGGCCUGGUGGACGUCCUCAUCCCCGACGUGCUGCGCCCCAUCCCCAGUGCCUUGACCCAAGCCAUCCGCAACUUUGCCAAGAGCCUGGAGAGCUGGCUCACCCACGCCAUGGUGAACAUCCCCGAGGAGAUGCUGCGGGUGAAGGUGGCGGCGGCGGGUGCCUUCGCACAGACGCUGCGGCGCUACACGUCGCUCAACCACUUGGCGCAGGCGGCGCGCGCCGUGCUGCAGAACACAGCGCAGAUCAACCAGAUGCUGAGCGACCUCAACCGCGUGGACUUCGCCAACGUGCAGGAGCAGGCCUCGUGGGUGUGCCGCUGCGAGGACCGCGUGGUGCAGCGCCUGGAGCAGGACUUCAAGGUGACGCUGCAGCAGCAGAACUCGCUGGAGCAGUGGGCGGCCUGGCUGGACGGCGUGGUGAGCCAGGUGCUCAAGCCCUACCAGGGCAGCACCGGCUUCCCGAAGGCCGCCAAGCUCUUCCUCCUCAAGUGGUCCUUCUACAGCUCCAUGGUGAUCCGGGACCUGACCCUGCGCAGCGCCGCCAGCUUCGGCUCGUUCCACCUCAUCCGGCUGCUGUACGACGAGUACAUGUACUACCUGAUCGAGCACCGCGUGGCGCAGGCCAAGGGCGAGACCCCGAUCGCCGUGAUGGGCGAGUUCGCCAACCUGGCCACUUCACUGAACCCCCUGGACCCGGAUAAAGACGACGAGGAGGAGGAGGAGGAGGAGAGCGAGGACGAGCUGCCCCAGGACAUCGCGCUGGCGGCGGGCGGCGAGUCGCCCGCGCUGGGCCCCGAGGCCCUGGAGCCCCCGGCCAAGCUGGCG